UCAUUCAGAGCACCCAUACACUCGCCGAAGACGUCGUCUAUUUUGCUUGUUUUUUUUUUUUUUCCUUCUGUUAUGUUUCUGAGCUGUGCUGCUGCUCUUUUUUUUAGCUUUUCGUUAUUAGGAAAUCGAAAACUGAAGCUGCGGCUGCGACUGGGUCUAUCAUCAGUCCGUGAGACGGUCUCAAAGCUAUUGGUCGUGUUGUCGCUUUUGUCGGAAAAACAGCAGCACGUAACGCUGAGCAGAAGAGAUCCACUACUACGUAAAGCGGUCGAGACGUAACGCCAUGCGAUCGGUGAUAACGGUAAAACAUUCAAAAUGAAGCGUUAUCGUUUAUAGUGAAGUGAGGAUCAAGCAAGGAUAUAUCCUAAACAUAUACAAAAUAUAUACAAAUAUAAAAUGUGUAAAUUCAAAAUAAAAAUAUUCAAGUCCUAACUCUGUGAAUUCCUCAUCCUAAACAAACCUAAAAAAAAAAAAAGAAAAACUAUCCCCUAACUUUAAUCUUUCUAUAGACAAUAAAUCCAUCCAACUCUGUUGUAAAUCAGUAACAAAAAUUCGAGUUUAUGCUUACACAAAUCGAAUCACAAAUUGCUAAGGAACUUCAUGGACUACGCCCCGUAGAUGAUGUGAUAUUAAAACACUCACACAGAGAAAUGCAUAUCUAUGGCCUAUAUAUACCAGAGAUCGGUGCUAAAUCAAUGAUAACUACCCGCUUAGAUCCAAUUAAUGCAAAUUGUGACAGCGCGUAAAUGCAAAGUGAUCCGAGCAGCACGGAAAUCAACAACAAAUGCCACUGAGACAUGUGUACAGGCUGAUGAUUAUGGGCAGACAUUAAACAGACAAUCCAUAAUGAAAUUAUAAAAUUGAAAAGAUUAUAGCCCGGUCCGGAGCGAUCGUCGAGAGGAAACUGAAACGACUGGGAAGUGUGGAGAGAUUGGAUUGGAUCGAAGCGGCUUGGCCGGGGAUCGAUGUCAACUCCGGGGAGAACAGCUCGCCAAUUAAACUUAAUUAAAUAGAGAAAUAUAUAUAUUAAAAAAAAAAAAGUAAUACCACACAACUUGUAUCAUAAAUCAGACCACGCUACCCAGACCGAGUGAUUGUAAAAAGUGUAAAAAUAUCAGUAAAAUAUAUAUCUCAAAGUGGCAACUUCCCUCGUAUAUACGUACAACUAAAGCUCCUAAUUAGCAUAAACGUAAAAGUGUUAAAUCCAAUAAUUUAUUAAAUACAUUUAAUCUUUUAAUAAUAAACUAAAUAUUGCCAGCUAGACAAUAUUUAUAAGAAAUUGUACAAAGCCUUUUUCCUGCAAUAAAAACCAAAAUAACAUUCUUAAGGUUAAAAAAUUACCCAAGAAAAAACCUUUAAAAAUACUAUAAACUGUCUAAAGACUUUGAAAAAUACAACCGCAACUGAAAUUCCCACGCGCCGUCGGGUAUCUUAGCUGGAUAUAUGCAAUAUAUCUUAUAUCUUGGCCCGAUCACAGGAUGACUUACGCUCUAAACCAACAACAGCCAGCUGAAGCAACAACUAUAACCACCAGAAGAUCAAAUUUGUAUAGCAGCAGCCAAUGCCAGACGAGUUAUCAACAUCCGUAAAGCCGAGAGAGGGGGAAAAAAAACGCUGCAAUAGCCAAACGGUGCUCAAAUGGUGAUUUCUUCCUGCCAGCGGCCAACGGAUAUCCGUGCGGAUUUUAUACCAACAACAGCAAAGGCAACGACUAGAGCAGCCACAACAACGAGUUGUGCAAUUAGAGCAAAGCUGCUCAAUAAACUAGAAGAGGCUGGCAAAUUGAUGCUACCAAAGCGAUCAGAAAAAUCAAGCAUGUACAUAACAACUUUAAAACGAAGGCAAAUUUGAAUCAGAAUCAGAGCGUCAUCAUCAGCCGAUGCUUUGGAUAGCAAAAGCGAGCAUAGAACCUACAACCAACAGCCUGGACAAUCAAUCCAACCGCCAAUCAAUCAAUCAAAAAGAAAAGCACAGGAAAACUUAGGAAAAACUCGGUUACGGCCCGUGAGCGACUUAUGAGAGUUAUGAGAGAGAAGGACCACUCACCAAGAAAGAUGCUUCCUAGCCCGAAACAGGGCUGCGUAUACCCUGCCUUAGGAUUAAUACCCACAUCGUAUAUAUCACAUGUACCUUAUGAUCUGGCCUCCUCGGCGGCGGCAACUUCCUCGUCAUCAUCGUCGUCCUCGCCGACGACGACAACAACAACGACAAUCGGACGUCUGCAACAUCAUCAACAGUCGCAGCAGCAACAUCAACACUCCCACCAGCAACAUCAGACGUUAAAUCACCACGCUAAGGGGAAGAGAAGAAGCAGUUUCGAUCAGCCCUUGGAUCUACGAUUGGCCCACAAGAGAAAGACAGACUUGGCCGAUCAAGGACCCCUGGAGGAUGAGAACAGUAACCUAAUAAUGUUCGCCAGUGAACUGGCAGUGGCUCAGCAGAAGGAAAAGGAGUUGAAUAAUAACCAUAUAGCUGCUUCGCUGGCUGAUUUGGGUUUCGAUAUGAGCCGGAAAAUGUUGAGGGCCUUAAGAGAGGGUGGCGCGGGAGGAGGAGGAGGAGGGGGAGGACCCAUCACCGCACCGCCAUUAACACCACCGCAAUGUUCGAUUCCCGCCGUGCAUCCCACACUCCUAGAAGCCAUGACCAAGAACUUGCCCUUGCAGUAUCGUAAUGUGUUCGCAGGGGUUUUACCCGGCAAGGUUACCAGUCCGGCGGCCUCCAGUAGUCCCACGGGAUCGGACUUUCCCUUCAGGCAUCCGCUGAAGAAAUGUGAACUAACUUGGCCGCCUCCUACCGAACAGUUGCAACUGGAGCUGCCGCAUCCGAAUCCCAAGCUUUUACCGGUCCUGCCACAUCCGCAGCUUCAAGACUAUCAGACCCGAAGGAAAAAUAAGGCCAGAAACGCCGCCACUGGUGGCAAUGCAACGCCUAAUCUGCCGCAACGCAAUAAGGAUCGCUAUACCUGCAAGUUUUGUGGCAAAGUCUUUCCGAGAUCGGCAAACUUGACGCGGCAUCUGAGAACCCACACGGGUGAACAGCCCUACAAAUGCAAAUACUGCGAACGUUCCUUUAGCAUUUCCUCGAAUCUGCAGCGCCAUGUCCGGAAUAUCCACAACAAGGAGCGACCCUUUAAAUGUGAGAUUUGUGAGCGGUGUUUUGGGCAACAGACAAAUCUGGACAGGCACCUCAAGAAGCACGAAUCAGAUGCUGUGUCCUUAAGUGCCUUGUCCGGGGUUAGCGAAAGGAUGCACUGCAUACGCAGAUUUUGCGAAAACCCCACAGAAGAGUCCUACUUCGAGGAGAUACGCAGCUUUAUGGGCAAGGUCACACAGCAGCAGCAACAGCAACAGCAGCAACAUGACCAGCUGCAGCAACAACAACAUCAGUCAACAGCAACAUCGGCGGCCAGUUCAUGUUCCUCGUCCCGUGACACGCCCACAUCCUCGCAAGAGGAAGCGGACAAUGCCACGGCAGCAGCAUCAGCAGCUGACACGGCAGCAACAUCGUCCAGCAGAGAUCAGGAGGAAGAAGACUCGCAACCCAUUCUGGAGCUAAAGAAGACCCUAACCUCUAAGCUCUUUCCCACAACAACAGCAGCAACCGCAGCAAUUACGCCACAUGGUAUAUCUAUCAAGGAAGAAGAACCCUAACUAUAUGAAAACAAUUUCUACAAACAAUUUUCCUAAUGAAGAAGGCGAAGAGGUCCUUUAAAACUAUGUCUAACAUCUAGCUGAGGAGCAGAUCCCUAAAACUAUGUCUAAUAUCUAGCUGUAAAUAUAUUUACCUAAAACCCCAAAUGUUCUACAACUAUGUGUAAAUCGAAUUGUACAAAUCGAGAAUUGGCAGAUCCAUAAUUAUAUAAAUACAAACGUAUGUGCAUAACUAUUAUUAGAUUCGUCUUAAGCAUUGGUAUUCUUUUUGUACAUAUUCAAGCGUGACACGACGAAAAAUGUAUGAAAAAUAAUGACAAACAAAACAACGCCGUUUAAAUAAAAAGUUACAAGUUUUUGA